CAUAGGCACAGCCGAGGCAGAAGGGGUGAUGAGCACAAGGCGAGCGGUGGUGGACAUGCCCUCCAGGGCCACUUCCAACAUGUCCCUCCAGCGGCACAGGGUAUCCUACAGUGGAACACAGCCAUCAUCCUCCUUGGGUAGCCCCUCAGCCUCUGGGACCAAUGUCGUGUGUAGCCUUGUCUGAGCACUCAGGGUCUAUGUAGGGGUGGCACUGAGUGGGUGCACAAGUAACCUGGGCACCCGCGUGACCCUCCGCCUGGGCAUCAGCAGUGUCUUCCUGCAUGGCCGGAGCUCAGACCUGGCCACUGCUCCUAUUCCAGGUCUGGAGAAAGGCCUCCUUGCUGUUGCAGACCUUGGGGCUUGCCUGGUGGAAUACAUAGCCAGAGAGCAUGCCCUCGAGCAAGUCAGCUGCGGAUGCACCUCAGAACUGGAGGCUCAGCUGCGGAUGCACCUCAGAACUGGAGGCUCAGCUGCGGAUGCACCUGGAGAGCAAGGGGUGCCCUCAGCCUCCUCCAGCAGCUGCCAGCAGGUGGGUAAAGCCAUUUUGGAAAAUGCUCGGCUGGCGCUGCAGACAGAGAAUACCCAGGCUGGGGCAGAUGACUUUAAAGAGAGAUAUAAAAAUGAGCAGCCAUUUCAAAAAGCAGCAGAAGAGGAAAUGAACUCCCUGUACGAAUUCAUUGAUGAAGCUAACUUGACAAAAACGGAUCUGGAGAAUCAAACAGAAAGCCUGAAAGAAGAACUUGGCUUCCUGUCUAGGAGCUAUGAAGAGGAUGUGAAAAUGCUGUGUAAACAGCUGACAGGAUCUGAGCUGCAGCAAAUGGAUGCUCCCAUUAGCGCUAGUCUGGAUGACAUCCUAGAGACCAACAGAAUUCACUGGGAGAGAGACAUUGAAAAGAAGCGGGCAGAGACAGGAGGCUUCCUCCAAACCAAGGAGACUCAUGAAUAUUUCCAAGAAAUGAGCCCAGAGACCAUCCAGCCCGGUUCCCUCACUUUAGAGUGGCCAGGCUGGUUUUUACAAGGAAACAGGGACUAUCAGAUCCAGUUGGCCAACUGCUUACUUGGGCAAGAGGUGGGGGUUGGCACCAAUUCAGUGCCAGGAGGGGUUACAGGUUCUCUGAACAUCAACCUGGCAACAUUCAUCAAAAUUGCGAACAUACCAGACCCAGGAGCACACGCUGACUGCUGUCCUCUGGUACACAGUACCUGGUGCCAAGUCCAGAGCCUUGGAGCUGAGACGGAAUCCUGGCAGGCUCUGAAAUAAGGUCUGGAGAACACUUUGCACGAUGCCAAGCACUGGCAUGACCUCGAGCUGCAGAGCCUGGGCGCGGUGGUGGGCAGGCUGGAGGCGGAGCUCAGGGACGCGCAGAGGCGGGGCAGCAUCGGCGCACAGGAACCAGCUGCAGAGGACCGAGGCGUCCUACCAUGCCCUGCUGGACAGGGAGGAGAGCCACUGCACACUUUAGGGCUGCCCAUAAUUGAAACACUAGUUACAAGGGCCCCCCAGAAAGCAGAGUGUGCAGCUGGCCCAGCUAUGCUGGAUGCACAGUACAUGAGUUACACCACCAAAGACUUGAAAAUGCAGAGUGGAGAUACCUUCUAUGACCUCAGUUAA